AGUUUUCAAACAUUAAUUUUCAAUUGCUCAUUAUUGAUACUUGAUGGCGCGCUCGUCUUCGUACCAAAAUUAUAUUGUUGAUCUUUAGGUUAAAAUGAGAAAUGCAUUUAUUAAUUGAUUGCCGAAAUCUGUUUAUCAAAAGGUUAACCAAAAGGUAUACAUUACUUUUAUUUUCAUCUUCUUUGUUGAUCAAUACGAAUAUGGCUUGGCGAUCACAUGGAAAAACAAACAGAGAAUUGGUGGAAAAUCUGAAAAAGAAUGGCAUCAUACAGGAUUCACGCGUAGAGAAUGCAUUGUUAUCCGUAGAUCGUGGAAAUUUCAUUGAUAACGAAAAAUACGUUGAUUCUCCUAGGUCGAUUGGUUUUGGUGCUACCAUCAGUGCUCCUCACAUGCAUGCAUAUGCUCUAGAAUUGCUUAAAGAUCAUCUUGUCGAAGGAGAAACUGUUUUAGAUGUGGGUUCUGGCUCUGGUUAUCUGACUGCAUGCAUGGCAAUUAUGGUUGGUCCUCAAGGUAAAGCAAUUGGUAUUGAACAUUUUCCUGAACUAGCUUCUAAAUCGCUGGAAAACAUUAAAAAAGAAAAUGCUGAUUUAUUAUCUUCGAAAAGAGUCAUAAUUAAAGUUGGUGAUGGAAGGAAAGGAUCUCCCGAACAUGCACCAUUUAACGCUAUUCACGUUGGAGCUGCGGCACCUAUUCUCCCACAAGAUCUGAUGGAUCAAUUAAAACUUGGAGGCAGAUUGAUCAUUCCGGUUGGACCAAAAGGCGGUGAUCAAUCCUUGGAACAAAUCGACAAAUUGGCUGACGGUACAAUCAAGAGAAAGCGAAUCAUGGGUGUCAUGUAUGUUCCAUUAACUGACAAGGAUUCUCAAUGGCGAAAAUAAAUUCAUUUUCAUUAAUAAACGUUGAUAUUAAAGAUUUUUAAA